AUGGCUAUUCGAGCGGCAUGUGGGGUGAUUUUAGCCUCGUUCAUACAGCUGCGCGACGAAGCUUACGAUCCUGCAGGCGCACACACCAAGAAAUGGCGAUUUUUCCCGGACUGGUAUUACCUUGGUGGCUUGAGCUACUGCGCUGUUAUGGUCGUCUUCUCGAUGGGGAUUAAUCUGGGUGGAACACUUCGGGAAGUUUGUCGCGGAAUGGGGGGCUGGAAGCGUUCGAUAGCAGCCGCAGACCCUAACGGAAACUACUACGAAAUCCACAAAGCGUUCAAUUCGGAGGCGUAUUGGAUCAACCUUCCCAAUUUGCUAAGAACACUCCCCUGGAUGAUACUCUUCACGGUUGUGGUGCUUCUUCUGCCGUUUAAUGUCAACACGCGGAAGUUCGCGCUUGGGAGCAAUGCUUACUACAUGUUAACUAUCAUCAAUCCUGACAAUAUCCUUCGAAACUUGCAGGCAUACUUGGUCGUGGGGGUAGUCGGAGGUUUUAUCUCUGUGUUGACUAUGCUGCUUCCAUACCCAAUCAUGCCGCAUCCGACUAAAUGUUACGGUGAUAUUCUGCCAUCCAGCGCAAUACAACAGCUAGAUGCUUGCUCCAUGAGAGUUUCGCACGAGAUCGCUGGCUUACUCGGACUUAUCGUUGACUCUUACUGCUCUAAAAGCCACAACGUCGAGCAAAUGAAUUUUCUCCAGCUUAAAAUUAACCGCAAAUUUAAUGCUAUCGAAGCUAGGCAUCGGCAAAUGACAUCGCUGCUGGACGACACGUGGUGGGAGCAAUGCUUUGGUGUCCACUUCGUUAUCCCCUUUAACCGCACGGGCACGGGAAACUAUAUCAACUUGGUUGGGUCGUUGUCUCGACGAAUUUUCACUUGCGGUUCCGCGGCAAGUGAAGGUCUUUGUGGUUUCGUCCCUUCGGUCUUUCCUAGACCCGAUCUGUUAUGCAAGGCCAUCCACUUGGUUGGGUACUCUGAAGGGUACGCUGGGGAUGACGACUGGAAUAUUUCUAGCGGUUCAUGUGUCGGCUUCAGUGCCACGGUGCCCUCAACCAUAGCUUACGUGAUGGGGAAUUUCCUGGGAGGAUCCUUCAGGGUGACUGUGAACCGAGUUGGAGGUGUGGUGGCUGGCAGCGUUGUCCCCUCUGUCUUCAAGUUCUUCUUCGUACAGUUGUGCAACCCAAGCUUCUUGAACGAGCUGCUGUCUGAAAUGGUAAUUUUUCUGUGGGUAUCCAUGUCAAUGUACAUUUGCUUCGCUGGAGAGUACAGCUCGUACGCAGGAUUGGUGUCGGCUUUUAUCUCCGCUGAUACGUUGCUGCGUCAGACCGAUUUGUGUUACCCAAAUGGAUCCGAUAGUCCAGGGGCAAUAGCAAUCUCUUCGUACUCGAGCCUUGCUCAAACGUCUGUGGGCGUUGUGAUUUUUAUCAUUGUCGAGACUUUCAUCUUCCCGCAAAGCGCAGCCAGUUUACGAAGUCGGAACAUCCAAGCCUCAGUGAAACUGCAGCAAAAGGCGUUCGAUGCAUUGUUUGGCUACCAUCUCCCCAGCUGCAUCGGGAUGCCAGCCGAUACAUUAAAUGAAGUGCGCGAUAUUCUGGAAGUACAGAUUCCAAGAAAACUUUUGAAGCGUAAAAGGCUCAUGGGAGACGCUCAAGCGGAUCCCGUAUUGUGGAGAGGACCAUUUCUACGACAUAAGCACGAGCGAGUGCUAGAAGUCUCUCACAGAAUGCUCAACAAUAUUUAUUUACUGUUCAAGUUGGUAUGCUGGUUCGACUCGCGGGUAGAGCAAAAGCGCGUUGCACUAAGCUCGCACGAUAUCCGAGACAACCAAGUCGGACCUCGAACAGGCGAAGGUACCAGCACUCAGACCAAGUGGCACGUCUCUACGAACCACUUCCUCUCCUCUGUUCGCGAUAGGUUUGACACAAUCCACAAGCUGUACGAAAGUGCGUUCUGGCACUCCAAUCCGGAGCAAACCGCCGUGUUCAUGCAGCUGAAAGAGGCCUUUCGUCUUGCUGAUAAGAACUGCACCGGAGAACUCAGCGCGGAUGACGUCUCGGGCAUGUUAGAGAAAGUGUUCAGCCGGUCGGUUGACGUAAAAGAAGGAGAAAUUCAAAACUACGUGGCGGAAUUCAUGGCGGUGGUUGGGAAGUCACACACGCCGACGAUCUCCUUUCAAGAGUUUGCUGACGCUGUGGAGAAUGGACUUAAACUUGAGGUGGAAGUGCAGCAUCGACGAAAAUCUCGAACGUCUUCAGCCGGUAGUGAUGCAAUGAAGUCGCGCUUGUCCAGCUUUAGACGAAGCAGUGGAGCUGACGGUAGCAAGCGGUGGAGCGCUGAUGACAAAACCUCGGAGGCUCGCGAUGCUCAUCGCGCCGACGAAGUCGUGAUAAAUAUUGAUGUCGACAACAACACGGAUAGCGCUAAGCCCAAGGCUUCGCCAUCAAUGCAAGAGUACAUCGAAGGCAGUAUUUCACGCCGAGUAGUGGAUCGAAGGGGGUCUGUCGUCGUCGAAGAAGUCUCACUAACGAUUACUCCAAAUUUGCUACACCUCGACAGUGACGACGAGGACGACAACAGUGGGUUGGCUUCUGACUACACGUCGACCCUAUUGUGGCGAGAUCAUGACGCCCAGAACGUGGAGGAGUUCUCGAUAAGAGACAUUGCACAGAGGAUGAAGUUUGCUGAUGCAGAGUGGCUGAUCACUGAUUACCAGUUCGAGCAAGUGUCGAUGGAGGAGCAGUUUCUGCUGCAGUGCUUGGUGAGUGGUGCGGAAGGUGUAGCAAAGAACCUUACGGAACUAGAGGAAGUCACACUGUCACUGUAA